AGCUGGCGCCAUUGUGGACAUUUGACAAGUCACGUGGCUUGACAGAUACUGAUUCUACAUGCAUAAUAGCAAAGAGUGCAACAAUCAAUGUGCUUGCGGGUUUACUGAGAGCAAACCCAAUCUAUACCUAUAACAUAAGUUUUUGUCCCUCGCUUGUCAAAGGGAAAGCACACUGACCAAUUUAAGGACGUCUAAGUUGAAUAUUUGUAAUAGCGUUAUCUUUUUUUAUAUUUGAAUAUUCAGUUUGCCUUUGGGGAGUAGAGCAUCUGCUCUGCACUUAACUGUUGGAAAAUUGUUUGUCAGAACAGUGGCGGUUUCUAUCCCGCUCGCGGAACCCACAACUUGGAGCCACAUAAAAGGACGCAACGCAAAGCUGCUCCUACCACACAUUCAGCGAGCCAUUGCUCGUCGCAUUUAAUACGCCUACAAUGGAGGCUGUACUUGUGUCGGGCGCACAGGCGAUUCAGAAUGACAACUAUGGACUUGCCGAUGGAUGCUAUGACGGCGCAUGGAAACAGCGAACUUCAUCGGAAAGACGAUUUUCUACUUUCUCGCCAACAAGACUUAAGGAAGAGAACCGCGAGAACCACAGCGUUGAGUUGGGCAUACGAAGCGCUUGCCCGAUCAACAUCUACAAGCCCGAACCAGAAAUCAUAACACUGCCGAAAAAAAAGGAAAAAAGAGUUAAGAUAAAUGUUAGUGGGAUGGUUUAUGAAACACUCGAAAGCACUUUAGAUCGUUUCCCGACAUCUCUGCUAGGAUGCCGGGAGAAACGCAGUGUCUACUUUGAUUCAAUGAAAAAGGAAUAUUUUUUUGAUCGAAAUCGCGUGGCUUUUGAUUCUAUUCUUUAUUUCUAUCAAUCAAAUGGCAAACUCCUAAGACCGGUCGAUCUAGACAUGAAAACAUUCGUGAAUGAGGUCUACUUUUUCGAACUGGAAGAUCUCGUUUCGCAUCAGUUCAUAGAAGCGUACGGAUCGGACACUUCUUUAGUUUCUAAAAUGCCGGAUAAUGCAAUUCAGCGGAAGAUUUGGGAAGUGUUAGAGCUGCCACAUUCGUCAUUUACUGCUCAAGUCGUAGCCGUGUGGUCUGUUGGGGUAAUACUUUUGUCUAUCGUCGUAUUUUGUAUCGAGACGUUACCAGGGCUACGCGAAACACGAACCGAGAAAUCCUCCGCGUUAUACAGCAUCGAGAUCCUUUGCGUGGCAUGGUUCACGUUGGAAUUGCUACUGCGCUUUCUCACGUGUCCAAACAAACCUCACUUCAUCAUCUCCUUUCUAAAUAUCAUCGAUGUCCUCGCUAUUUUGCCUUAUUACAUCAUGUUGGGGUUGGGCGAUACGAAAGACACAAGCACGCUUGCAUUCUUGCGGAUUCUUCGCUUAGUUCGAGUGUUUCGGAUCUUCAAACUUUCCCGCCAUUAUCGCGGGCUGAAAGUCCUUGGGCUCACCCUGAAGGCAAGCUUGCGCGAGUUGCUUCUCCUCACCUUUUUCCUCCUUAUGGGGGUCAUAGUUUUUUCGAGUGGAGUCUAUUACGCCGAAAGCACGCAUUUUUCCAGCAUUCCCGAAGCAUUCUGGUUUUCCGUCGUUACUAUGACAACGGUGGGAUACGGCGACAAGGCACCGCUUUCCACGUGGGGCAAACUUGUGGGCUCCAUGUGUGCUAUUGCUGGUGUCCUAACUCUUGCACUUCCGGUUCCGGUCAUAGUGUCCAACUUCAGCUUUUUCUACAAUCAAGAUCGGGACAGACGCGAGGGUGGAAGAGAGCAGGAGACCACACCGACGGUCACUGUAUUUACCGAGCCCCGAACAUCACUCGAGUGAGUUCCGACGAGCGGACGAUCGGGACAGACUCAAGGGGGAAAAGAGCAGGAGACCACACCGACAGUCAUUGUAUUCACCGAGCCCCGAACAUCACUCAAGUGAGUUUCGACAACCAGACUCGUCAAUCCAGUCAAACCAGUCAGACAGAAAAGGGGAAACCAACAAAGUGAGCUGUAUAAUAAUCUCUGUAACAUGACAUAACUUGAUUAGGUAGUUCACUAGUUAUCCAUCUCUUUUAGACUAUUUUGGAACCACACGUUAACUCGAAUCCUGAAGGAAGACAAAAAAAAACAUUCUUAGUGAGCGUGUAAAAUACAUCCAAGAAAAAAUGACUAAGAAUUAUCCAUCAAGAGAACUUGGAGACAGUUCGAGUUAGGGGAGCGCUCGGUUAUUCAAGUUCGAGUUGGCGCGAAGCUCGAGUUAUUCAAGUUCGAGUUAGCGCGGAGUUCGAGUUAGCGCGGAGUUCGAGUUAGCAAACAUUUAUGCACGAUUAGGUGUUGCCAAAAUAAAAUACAAGGUAAUAAGCCUCAAGGGAAAAAAGCAAAUUUUAUCAGAAAAUGUCCGAAGCGUUGGCAUAUUUUGGGUAUCUUUUUUUGUUUUCAUUCUCCUGAUCUAUACAUAUGCGCAUCCGAGUCACGUAUUAGGAACUACAAGUGUAGCUCCUCGCUGAAAUAUUUCUCUUUCACAAGUUCUUGUAAUGAUGACUAUUACAUCUUUUCUAACACAACAUCAAUGGCAAAAUCUGCCUUUUCCCGGAACACCCCACAGCUAUAAUUAAUGCUGUUUCGUUCCGGAACUUUUAAGUAGACACGAAACUGCCCGUCUUUUAAUGGCACUACAUCUUUUGAAGAGGUAAAAUUGUCAGUCUUAUAAAAAACCUCCUCACCUUUUAAACACAAACAAAAAGUUUAUAAAAAAGUAGUUUUUGAAAGCAAAAACGUUUUUGAGAGAGAUAUGAAUUAACCAAGACCCAAAAACGGAUGGAAAAUGCUACAAUAAGGCAGGCUUCGUUCGUCUUGAGAGGAAGUACUUUAUCGUGAACAUCAUUUGGAAAUUUUAACACCUCUCACUUUUUAACAGAAAUAGAUUACUGAUUUCAUAUUGUUAAUCUAUUUGCGCGCCUUUUUAUAUUACGGGCUCCAUAAGUCCUUUUGAGGAAUAAAAAAUAUACGAUUCCUUGGCGCUCUCGCUUCCGUUUCCUAUUCACGGGAAGACGAAUUUUAAAAUAGUACCAUAUUUUUAAGAGUCAAAUCUGAAAAUGUGAGUCAUUUAGUAUAAUUUCUGCGAAAAUUAUUGCGAGAAAAACAAUAAUCGAUAUGAAACGUAGAUGAAAAGCUUUUUUACCGCGACUUACAAAUGAAUUACUUCCGUGGUAAUUUGAAAUAAAAACAGCCCUAUAAUUGAAACAGCUGAAUAGGAAAAACUAUAUUGUGUAUGCAAACCAAGUCUUAAGCUCUGUGUCAAAUCGUCUGUUUAAGUAAAAAAGGCAGACAUUGUUCAACAAAAAGUAAGCUUCAAGCGAUUAAAAGCGCAGACGGAACCGUUUAAGAAUAGAAUAUGCUAAAACAAUUGAGCCCUGUGGUAAUAUCGAGAUAAAUGGAAAUGGUUUGUUGUAUACAUUUGUAGGCUUCGCCGUAAUUCUGUUUCGUGUAUACGAUGUUUUUAAGAGAAAAAUGUCAUGUACACUAGCGAGACGACAACUAGUAUAGCGACAAUAGCGACAAAAGCAAAAAGUGAAAAUAAAUGUGGUCUUGGUUUGAGCACGUCACUUCUGGGUCCAUGCUAGAUUGCUUCUGCUCACGUUCAAGUUUAAUCGACAGUCACAUUGAUUGACAGUCACGUUGAUUGACAGUCGCGCUGAUUGACAGUCACGUUGGAUGACAGUCGCUUUGAUUGACAGUAGAGUGCGACCACGAGGUUGUUGUGUUUUCAGUAAGGACUUUAAAGCCCUGUGCAAACUGCGCCAGCACCUGCCAGCAUUACUGGCGAAUUCUUGCUCGACUGACCACAAGACAAAGGAAAUGUCAGAAAGUCCAUUUCCCAUUUUGACAUUUCCCUUGUACUAUAGUCAGUCAAGCGAAAAUUCGCCAGCAAUGUUGGCAGGUGCCGGCGCAGUUUGCACGGGGCUAAAGAUGCGAAAACGGCUACAGUGACCGAGAAAACACUUAAACGCUUGGCGACAAAUUCCAGAAUAGUUUCAAGGGAAUAACUUAGACUUUAUAUUCAGUAACAAACAAAAUUAACCGCAAACUUCAUUCCUACAUUAGCAAACGGAGAAAGGCGAACUUAUACUCAAACCGACCACGUACUCGUCAGACCGUAAAACUUGGAAUUUCACGUCGUGUUUCGGCGGAGAACGGUUGGAAAUCCAUCAGACAGAAUGCAUUUUUACGGGUAGCCUUUCAAUUUUCAAAUACAUUCCGUUGUUUUCUAUUGUCGCCGUACUCGUAACCUACUCGUAUCUUAAAGUUCCAGAGAAAGUUCUCUGUAGUUUUCUUUCCUAACCAGUGUAUUGUUGUUUGUGUAAAGUCGUGCCCCGUGGUUCCCCAUUUGCUCCUUCGAGCCGGAAAUUAGAUACGGGGUGUUUUUCCUAUAUUUUUCUCUCCGGGCCAACAUAUUUUUGUGUGCAAAGACCCCCACCCCUGACAUUUGGUCCUGCGAGCCGGAUAUUAGAGGCAGAGUGUUUUUUCUAUAGCUUUCUACCUGAACCAGCGUAUUUUUGUGUGCGUAAAGACGCGCCAUGUGACAGAAAGUCAUUGGUUAUUCUUCUAGAUUUGUUUCUUAUUUUGAUUUUGUCACAAGCUUUGAAACACUUGAAUAAAAAAGGAUUAUAUAAUCAAUGAUAAUUUGAUAUACUCAUUUGUUAAUGUGAUCACGAGAAAAAUGGCGCCACUAAAAGCUAUGUUGAAAAACGAAAAUAUUGUCAAAUUAAAAAUUGUUGAGGUAGAACCGGAGG